CUAUAUGGUAGUUAGAUAUUAAUAGUAGUUAAUUAGCAACAUGUAUAGUUUAAUUCAAUACACAGUAGUGGUUUCACUAUUUAGUUUGUAUACAGCAAAACCUGAGGCAUGUCAGAGGAAGUGAGUCGAUUUUCAAAUUAUUAAAAGACAUUUUAUAAAAGCAAAUUAUUUUUCAAACUAGAAUAUUAUGACCAUGGAAGUAGUAAAGAAAGAAAAAGAAAGCCAAAAUACAGAGUCCCUGUGGAGCUACAGUGGGAACGUCAUUCCCUCACAUUCAUUUUCAUUUUCUCUCUGAAUAUUUUGUUCUUUGAAUUUGAGACAUUUGAAUAUUAUAUAAAUAAGUAUUCAGAUCAUUAUUCAUUCAUUAUUCAGAAGUAAGAGUAGCAAUAACACAGUGUAAAAUUCUGCAGUAAAAGCCCUGCAUUCAAAAAUAUAUUAACAGUAGAAGUACAAAAGUAUUGUCAGCAAAAAUAAAAUGGCCCUUCUCAAUGUGAGAUAUAAUAGAUUACUGAGUUAUUAUUAUUGAUGCAUUACUGUAAGCAGCAUUUAAAUGUUGUGGGUGGUUCAGGUGGAGCUAAAGUUUGACUACUUCAUACACUGUUGAGGAAUUUAGCCUGUAACGCUGCAUCAUAAUUUACAAACAGAUCAUAUUUUUUAUAUGUAAAAUGUAAAAGUAAUGCAGAAACUACGUUUAAACAUGAAAAAAUAUCAGAGAAUGGAAAAACCAUGGUGAGAGAAUGCAAAAGUAUUUCCUAAAAACAUAAAUAUAGUACAAGGGAAUGCAAAAACUAUUCUGCGACAACAUAAAAGUAUUACAAUAAACAUAAAAACCAUCAAGUCCAUCAGAAUUAAACAAAUCAAGCAACUCUUAUCCAAAUUACCAUACUUUAUUACCUCAACGUUUUUGGCUAUUGCCUUAAUGUUUCAAUACUUAGGAACAUUUCAACUUAAAUCACCAAUGAGUAAGUGUUGAAUCUUUAUUUUUGGUACAAAAUAACAUAAUCUAUAUAUUUUCAACCUCAUUUGAAAAACAUAGUAUACACAGUAUAGUUACUGUAAAAUAACACAAACUAUUUUCAAUGUAACCUACAGUUAACCUCAACACACUUCGCCUUUAACUGGAAUAUCCUCAUAAAGUUUUUAAAAAGCAAAUGUAAUCCACUGAACUCUUCAAAAAUGUUUGUAUAUUUAGAAAGCAGAACAAUCUCAGAGAACGCCCUGAUGACGGCAAGAUAGCUGAACACUUGGGAAAUUGGGUGAAUUAGUGUGCUGAAUCAAGAGCAGCGCUGAAUGAUACGAUGUAAAACACAGUACUGCUUCAGCCAUAAUGUAAAGCACAUAUGUACAAUGUUUCUAUGCUUCUUGAAAUGAGCUGCUGUGUUUCUGACAGGCCAGCUCACUGUUCUGUCAAACAGGAAAAUGUCUAUUAGCGAAAGUCCAGCAUGACAUAACAGGCUUUUCUUUCCUUUCCUCUGUUUAGUGGAGAUUUUCCAUUCUGAUAAACGGACCAACCUGGGAUGGACUUCUGAGCCAAGCAAAGAGCAUGUAGGAUGGAUCACUACAAACCGGCCAAUGAGAGUGGAGGAUGCCGGCUGUGCCCACCAAACAGCAGAACUCACAGGGAGGGAUCAGAGAGGUGUGACUGUCUACAGGGUUUCAGUCGCCUGCCAAAAGACCCCGGAGACCUUGGCUGCACCAAGCCACCUUCUGCCCCUGUGAAUGUAAAAGCAAGUCAUCAUAAUGACUCUGUGCUCAUAACGUGGGAUUCUCCUCAUGACCUGGGAGGCAGACAGGAAGUGAUGUAUCGAGUCAAGUGUGAGAAGGAAGCAGAGACUGGCAGUCAGUGGGGAUCAUGUGAGGAUGAUGUGGUUUUCCUGCCAGACUCAUCGGGGCUCACCAACACAUCUGUCACCAUCACAGGACUAAACCCACAGAGUGACUACAGGCUGUCAGUGCAAGCCUGGAAUGAUAUAUCAACACUGCAGGGGGCGUCACCUUCAUCCACUGCCACUGUAACCAUCCAUAGAUGGAAAAUUCCUCCUGUGGUGAUCACUGUGACUCCAGACAUGCAAAUCUCAGAGAAUGAGAUAACACCAGCUCCCCAGCACCAGAGACGCUUCUAUAUAUGGUUGACAAUCUGUGUUUUAUUUGGCAGCCUGCUGCUCAUGGCUAUAGUCCCCAUUGCUGUUUGUGUUAUGCGCAGAAACUAUAGUAAACUCAGGUCUGACCAGGAAGUAGAGCUUUUGCCAAUGAACAGUGGAAUCACCUACCGACGUCAACAACCUGAGCCUGAGGCUGCACCCCUGCAGGCCAACGGCGUGGUCCAGUUGUUGGAGGGGAUUAGUGGCAGGCUGUUGGACAGCCUGAAGGAAGUCCUGGUAGAGAGAAACCAACUCACACUGGGCAAGGAGCUUGGCAAAGGAGAGUUUGGCUCAGUCUAUGAAGGGGUCUUUACACCACAGGAAGGUAUGGAUAUCAAGGUUGCUGUGAAGACCAUGAGAGUUGGAAUCCACAGCCAGGAAGACUUACAUGAGUUUUUGAGUGAGGCAGAAAUCAUGAAGAACUUUGAUCAUGAUAAUGUGGUCAGACUACUUGGGAUCACUUUACAGAGAGAGCAGGACUCUACUCUGCCUGUUCCUCUGGUCAUCUUGCCAUACAUGAAACAUGGAGACCUGCGCCGCUUCCUCAUUGCUACACGCUAUGGUGAUAUUCCUAUGUUUGUGCCCCAUCAAAGUCUCCUGCGCUUCAUGAUUGACAUUGCAGCAGGGAUGGACUAUCUGAGCUCGCAGGGUUUUCUGCACAGAGACUUGGCUGCACGCAACUGCAUGCUGGGUGAUGACCUGAGGGUGUGUGUGGCUGACUUUGGCCUGUCCAAGAAAAUCUACAGCAACAAUUAUUAUCGUCAGAAAGUAGCAAUCCGUGUGCCAAUCAAGUGGAUGUCCAUUGAGAGCCUGUCUGAGUCCAUCUACACCACCAAAAGUGAUGUGUGGUCAUUUGGGGUGACAAUGUGGGAGAUUGUGACCCGGGGCAGGACUCCCUAUCCUGGAGUCCACAACCAUGAGCUGUUGGACCUGCUGGUGUCAGGACACAGACUCAAACCACCAGAGGAUUGUGACCAGAAACUUUAUGAAGUCAUGCGGAGCUGCUGGGAUAAGGAGCCGACCCGGAGGCCUGGCUUCAGGGAACUGGGCGAGUCACUGAAAGGUCUUCUGUCUGAGCUGCCGGUCCUGGAGGCUAGCCAGGAGGCCAGCUACAUCAACCAGGGCCUGGAGGUUGCUGCCGCCACUGCUGCUGCCUCUCAAGAUCCACAGACAGACUCUGGGGGAAGAUGGGAAAAUGUCUACUUGCCUACUCCUGUGGGUGCUGCUGCAGUCAGAGAUGAGGAUGUGGAAUUAGAGGAUGGCUACCUUAAGCAUAUCACUGGCUCAGCAGUUAAAGUGGAUGAUAAUCACUAAAAACUGUAUGUAUGUGUAAACCACUCAGAGGCAUUUCCAGAUUGGGAGGGGACAUCCAGGGGUGGCAGAGGCUCCCAUUGGAGUCUGAUUGGCCACCACAGAUGCCCUCCCUUCCUAGAUCUGGACAUUGAUAAAAAGUGAGAAUCAGAAACUAAAAUCUUUUACUGAAUUUUGCACUAAAAAUGUAUAUCUGUUUCUAGAAAAUAUAUGUUACUAGAAAAGGCACAGGAGUGUAUGGAAGUCCAUUACUGUCAGGAAAAGGACAAUCAUGAAAUAUUAGGGAUGAUUGAAGCAAAAAUACUAAUGUUAAAUCAAAAUUAUUAGAUACAAAGAUAUAAUUAUGAGAUAAUAGGUCCAAAUGUUGACUUUUGAAAUGAAAUAAAUCAAAGUAAUGAGAUAUGAAGUCAGAAUGGUGAUAAGAAAAUGACAAAAUGAUGAGAAGCGAGAAACUUAGUCAGAAUUAGAAGAUAGUCCAAACUGUGACUAUCUCAUAAUUUUUACUGAGAAAUUCUAAAUUGUGACUUACUCUAUCAUAAUUUAAUUUUAAAUUAACUUUAUACCUCAUAAAUUUUGGCACAGUAUCUCAUAAUUUUGGUCUACCAUCACCAUUUCAUCAAGCCUGACAUGUAAUCUGUUUAUUUUUAUUUUUCUGGUGGAAAUGGUCUUCCAUACAUGUAUGAACCUUUAGUUGCACUUUUGAGUCUGUAAAUGCUGUAAAUGCACAUUCAACCCUGCAUAGUGUGGGUUGAAUGUGUAUCCAUACACCAUGUCAUCAAACAUUGUUUUUUUCACAACAGACAUUUUGACUUGCCAUAAAAGCACAGGUGUUACUAUUAACAUUAACGAUAGCUCUGUUCUAUUGAAGUGUCCAGUAAGCAAUGGCACUGAGCCAACAUACAUAAUGCCACAACCCUGAAACUGAAGCAGCUAAAUAAAACUCAGCUUUCAUUGUUUUUAUCAUUUAGACCUACGUGUUUCAUACUGUGGCAUAUCAAAAUGUCUGCUGUGAAAAAGGCCUAUUCAAAAAAGGUACUGCUCCUGCUAAGACUGGGUAAUAAUUCAGCUAUCAAGACAAUGUCUUUAUAUUUAGAUAUUGUAACUUACAGAAUUCAUGUGUUGAGGAAUGAUAAGCUAUAAAAUGUUAUGCAUAGGUAUUACCAAUGUAUAAAUAAAUGAAAAAAGGUUAAUAUGUUGCAAAGUGAGACAUGGAAUACAAAAGUACAUAUAUAUUAUGAAAAUUUGACUUGAUGAGUCAAAGUUGAACUCUACCAUGUGAUUUAAAAUACUUAAAAUAGUAAGUAUGCAAGUGUAUUAAUAUGAACUUAACAAUUAUAGAAAUAUUAUUUUUUCCCAUAUCACCCAGCCUUAGCAACUGCUUGAAAAAAAAAGGCUUAAUAUAUAUUAUAUAUUAGAUUGUAUAUUAUUUUGCCCCCAGAAAUUGUAGACUACUGUACAAUAUGCUGUUUUUCUAAUUGUUUUUCUUAUUAAACUACAAAUCCCAGCACUGCUUUAA